AGAAAUUCCGCUACUAUGCAUACGGUCAGCAUGUUACAGUUGAGACAGAUCACAAACCUUUGGAGGCUAUCUUCAAGAAACGCCUAUCCAGUGCACCACCACGUAUUGCCAGGAUGAUGCUACGUAUCCAGAAAUAUGACGUAGAGAUCAAGUACGUUCCAGGGAAAGAAAUGCAAUUGGCCGCCGACGCACUGUCACGGUUAAAUCCAUGA